AUGCACUUGGCCAGCGAGGUGUCGUCAACGACGGGUCACUACGACCGCACUUACGGCAACUUGACGGCGGAGAUGCUGGCGGAAAGGACUAUAGAUGGGCUCCUUGCGGAACACCCUGGCGAGCUGGUAAGGACCGGGUCCCCGCACGUUGUUUGUACUGUUUUGCCGCCCCACUGGAGAUCGAAUAAGACGCUGCCAGUGGCGUUCAAGGUUGUCGCCCUUGGUGACGUGGGGGAUGGCACCGUGGUGACGGUUAGGGCUGGGAAUGACGAGAAUUAUUGCGCGGAACUGAGAAACUGCACGGCCGUUAUGAAGAAUCAGGUGGCGAAGUUUAAUGAUCUGAGAUUUGUGGGAAGAAGCGGCAGAGGCAAAAGCUUCACGCUGACGAUCAUCGUAUCGACGUCUCCCCCUCAGAUAGCGACUUACAGCAAAGCGAUCAAAGUGACAGUGGACGGUCCCAGAGAACCGAGAUCGAAGACACGCCAGCAGGGGUUUCAUCAUUUCCCUUUUGGGCCUAGGCCAUUCGCACCUGAUCCACUUACGGGCGGCCUUCCGUUCAAAUUGAGCGGUAUAGCUCAUCACUUAGCGGGACUUCCGGGACAUCCUCCAGAGUGGGCUAUGUUAGGAGGUCGACAUCCGUACCAACACGGACCGUUUAUGCCCCACCACCAUCCACACUUUCCACAUCACAUGUUUGCUGCUCUGAACAGUCCAAUUAACACCUCUCCAAGAAUAGCAAACGAACCCACAUCGACAUCCUUAGGCCCUAUAUCCAUAAACUGCAGCAGUGCUCACAGCACAACGUCUCCGAAAACAUCACCCAACACUCAAAUAGGACUGCUAACCACUGCCGGUGAACCACAUUCGCCCCAAGAAGACGACAUAUCUGUCACAGCGUCCCCCACGCCGUCCCCCCAGCCGCCCCCGGCCUUCCCAGGUGUGCCGCCGCCACCUUUACAGAGCAAUCAGCUGUUCAAUAACGCCCUUGCAGCGAGUUUGUUCCUGAACGCACCACUUUUGCCCCCACCAGGACAGUGGUUCUACUCCCAGCUGUAUCCUCACGAUUGGAACUGGAUGAGUCUAAGAAACAGUUCGGCUUUGGUCAGAAGUCCACAGGAAGACAAUUCCCAGAACCCGGAUAGUUCCAGUGAAAAACUGGACGUGACAGAAGUCGACGAAGAAAGCAAAGAUAGUGACGGUAAGGACGAAGACAAAAAUGAUGAAAAUGAAAAGAAAAAUUUCAGUGAAGGGAUUAAUUUGAGUUUACGGGUUAGGAAAGCUGCGAUAACACUAGUUAGGCAGAAGGAUGAAGUUAGUUCUAGUGAUAAGAAUGAUUUAAAGUGUUCAAGAGACAGUAACAGGAAUGUAUGGCGACCGUAUUAG